AUGCAAAUAGUAUGGGAUCUUAUCGAACAUACAUUAUUGGCAUGUGUGCGUUCUAAAGUUCAUAAAAUACGCGGAGAUUUGCAAGCUGUAUGCUAUAAUUCUCAUACACGUUGCUUAUUAUUUGCAAGUGAACAAAUUUCAUUUUUAAAUCUUAAAUUACGACCUUAUUUGCAUGCUGAUGUUGUUGUUUCGCAUUAUGAGCCUAUACUUGGUUUACUUUUUAUCAAAGAAUUCAAACAAGUUAUUUCCUGUACAGAAAGUGGAGUCAUUCGUUUAUGGGACUUUCUAACUGGACGACAAGUACAUGAAUUUCGAGCACAUAAUGGUCAAGCUGUUACAUCCAUGACUCUAGAUACAACAGAACGAAGAUUAAUAACCGGUAGUCGAGAUGGUACAUGUCGUGUAUGGAAUGUGCAUAAUGGGCAAUUAUUAAAAAUAUUUAAAAAACCAAAUGAUUCACUUGAAGUAACUGAUGUAGCUUUUAUUCUUGUUAAUAAUAAUUGUUCAAUAUUAUCUGUUGGAUGGGAUAAACGUGUAAAUGUUUUUAAAGAUGAUCGUGAACGUAUCAAACAGGUUUGUUAUCCUGAGGACCAAUUUAUGGGUGAUAGUCAAAAUGAAGGCCAUAAAGAAGACAUAUUAUGUAUUGAUAAAUCUCAAGGUGAUUUAAUAGCAACUGGUGAUUAUGGUGGAAAAAUUAUUAUUUGGAAUAUGUCAAGCAAAAAAAUAUUUGCUUGUCUAAAAGAUCUUAGUGCGGAAAAUCAACAUUCGGAAGAAAAUGCAAACGACAAACUUAUCAGUCGUGUGAUAUUUAUUGAUGGAAGAUUUGGUCGACAUGACAUAGCUAAUUUAGUUGCCAGUGGACCUUAUGGUCAGAUUCAUUUUUGGAAUAUUUAUAAAAAUGGUGUAUUAAUGGCUAAAUUUCGACCGAAUAAAGAAAGAAUAACAACAGUAACAAAACUUAAGCUAGAUGCUGCAUGUUGUCUUUUAUUUGCUGCUGAUUCAUUGGGUUUUCUAUUCAUCUAUGAAAUAGAAAAUUAUGCACUUAAACAAGAAACCGAACCACCUCGUUGUGUUCGAACUUGGCGUGGUCACAUUGAUAGCGUAACCGGACUACAAUAUAUAGAUCAAACUCAAAUUAUUAUGUCUACAGCACUCGAUUGGACAAUACGUCUUUGGAAUCUUCAAGGACAUUUCAUAGGAACAUUUGGACAAACUAUUCCAUGGAAUUUAUAUGAUCCAGCAACAUAUCAACAUCCAUCGGUUCCAUUAGAUGUAUUAACUGAUCCAAAAAGUUUACCACACAAUCAACAGAUAAAAGAUGAAAAAGAUGAUGCAUCACCACCCGUACCAACCAUAGUUAUAAACAAACAAGCCGUUCUGGAUGAUGAAACAAUUGCCAAUAAUGUCCAUGACACAAUUAAUAAACUAAGACAUAGUCAAUCAGCUGGAGGAUUUGUUGGAAAAAGACUUCGAUAUUUUCGUGAUAAACCUGCCGUUUCAAUACGUCGUGAUGGUUCAAGUCAUUAUCAACAUUUACGUUUUUAUCCAAUUGAUGAUAAUCCUCCUGUACAAACUGCAAACAGUAUCGUUCAUUUUGCUAAUACAGUUAAAUUAUGA